CAAAAAAAAAAAAUCGGAUUGCCCUUCACUCUCUCCUCUCUCGUGUGUUUGUCUCCAAUCCUGCAGAAACCGCCAAUGCCAAUGCCGAUUCUGCAGAUGCAGCUCCGCCACCUCAAUCCCCCCUUCACCCCGCAAGCAAAUCGCCCGCGCUCCUCCUCCUCAUCCGCCUCGCCGCGGGGUGCACCGAGGUCCGCUCCGUCGCCGUCGCCGUCGCCGCAUUCCGCCCGGGCCGCCGCGCUCGGGACCCCCGCCGCCGCCGCCGCCUCGCCGAGGACGAAGCCCAUGGCGGUCGGGGAGGGCGCCGCCGCCGUCGACCUGGCCACCGCCGAAGCCGCCGAGGUGUUCAUGCCGGACGCCAGGGCCUACUGGGUCACGGCCUCUCUCAUCGCCUGGGAUGUCAGUGAUCAAGAAGCGUCCAUCAGCUUGUACGCCAGCAGGGACGCCACGAUUCGCCUCUCUCCGAAUCGCGGUAUCGAAGGCUACGACUCCAAAGUUGAGCUGCAGCCAGAGCAUGCCGGGCUCCCGAAAAGUGUCACCCAGAAGUUCCCUUUCAUCAGCAGUUACAAAGCGUUCAGAGUUCCAAGCUCUGUUGACUUUUCCAGCCUUGUCAAGUGCCAGCUGGUCAUCGCUUCUUUUGGUGCUGAUGGGAAACACAGAGAUGUUACUGGGCUACAGUUACCUGGUGUAUUGGAUGACAUGUUUGCGUACACUGGACCACUCGGUGCGGUUUUCAGUGGGGAAUCUGUGGACCUGUACCUUUGGGCUCCUACAGCACAGGAUGUGAGUGUAUGCUUCUUUGAUAGUCCAGCGGGACCUUUACUGGAGACUGUGCAAAUGAAGGAGUUAAAUGGUGUUUGGAGUAUUACUGGACCUAGAGAUUGGGAAAAUCGAUACUAUUUGUAUGAAGUCAAUGUGUAUCAUCCAAGUAAGGCGCAAGUUGAGAAAUGCCUAGCUAGUGAUCCUUAUGCUAGAGGGCUUUCUGCAAAUGGUGCACGGACUUGGUUGGUGGACAUUAAUAAUGAAGCAUUGAAGCCAGCUUCCUGGGAUGAAUUGGCAGACGAGAAGCCAAAGCUUGAUUCCUUCUCUGACAUAACCAUCUAUGAAUUGCAUAUUCGUGAUUUCAGUGUCCAUGAUAGCACAGUAGACUGUAACUCACAAGGAGGGUUUAGUGCAUUUACAUAUCAGGAUUCAGCAGGAAUGCAGCACCUAUGGAAACUGUCUGAUGCUGGUUUGACUCAUGUGCAUUUGUUGCCAAGCUUCCAUUUUGCUGGUGUUGAUGACAUUAAGAGCAAUUGGAAAAAUGUUGAUGAGAGCGAACUGGCAAAACUUCCUCCAGGAUCAGAUAUGCAACAAGCUGCAAUAGUAGCUAUCCAGGAAGACGACCCUUAUAAUUGGGGGUAUAACCCUGUGCUCUGGGGGGUUCCAAAAGGAAGUUAUGCAAGUAACCCUGAUGGUCCAAGUCGCAUUAUUGAAUACCGCCAGAUGGUCCAGGCUCUGAAUCGCUUAGGUCUUCGUGUUGUCAUGGAUGUUGUAUACAAUCAUCUAAACUCAAGUGGCCCCAGUGGCAUCAGCUCAGUGCUUGACAAGAUCGUUCCUGGAUACUAUGUUAGAAGGGACACUAAUGGUCAGAUCGAAAACAGUGCAGCAAUGAACAAUACAGCAAGUGAGCAUUUCAUGGUUGAUAGGUUAAUUGUGGAUGACCUUCUGAAUUGGGCAGUAAAUUACAAGGUUGACGGGUUCAGAUUUGAUCUUAUGGGCCAUAUCAUGAAACAUACAAUGAUGAGAGCAAAAGCUGCUAUUCAAAGCCUGACAAGGGAUUCACAUGGAGUUGAUGGUUCAAAGAUAUACUUGUAUGGUGAAGGAUGGGACUUUGCUGAAGUUGCACGUAAUCAACGUGGAAUAAAUGGAUCCCAGCUUAAUAUGAGUGGCACAGGGAUUGGUAGCUUCAAUGAUAGAAUGCGGGAUGCUAUUAAUGGGGGUAAUCCAUUUGGUAAUCCACUACAGCAAGGCUUUUCUACUGGUCUGUUCUUAGAGCCGAAUGGAUUUUAUCAGGGCAACGAAGAAGAUACCAGGCUCUCACUUGCUACUUAUGCUGACCACAUACAGAUUGGACUAGCUGGUAAUCUGAGGGAUUAUGUACUAGUAUCUCAUACUGGAGAAGCUAAGAAGGGAUCGGAAAUUCACACUUUCGAUGGAUUGCCAGUUGGCUAUACUUCAUCUCCAAUAGAAACAAUAAACUAUGUUUCUGCUCAUGACAAUGAGACUCUAUUUGAUGUUAUCAGUCUAAAGACCCCGAUGGAACUUUCAAUUGAUGAGAGAUGCAGAAUAAAUCAGCUGGCCUCCAGCAUGAUGGCACUUUCCCAGGGAAUACCCUUUUUCCAUGCUGGUGAUGAGAUACUGAGAUCUAAGUCCAUUGAUCGAGAUUCAUAUAACUCUGGUGAUUGGUUUAACAAGCUUGAUUUUACUUAUGAAACGAACAACUGGGGUGUUGGUCUUCCUCCAAGUGAAAAGAAUGAAGAUAAUUGGCCUAUCAUGAAACCAAGAUUGGAAAAUCCAUCUUUCAAACCUGCAAAAGGACACAUCCUUGCUGUCCUAGACAAUUUUCUUGACAUUUUGAAGAUCAGAUACUCCUCUCCGCUUUUUCGUCUUAGUACGGCAAGUGAUGUUAAGCAAAGGGUUCACUUUCACAACACAGGACCUUCCUCGAUACCAGGUGUUAUUGUCAUGAGCAUUGAAGAUGCACGAAAUGAUAGGCCUGAGAUGGCUCAGUUAGAUGCCAACUUCUCUUCUGUAGUAACAGUUUUCAAUGUAUGUCCGGACGAAGUAUCUAUGGACAUUCCUGCUCUUGCUUCGAUGGGGCUUGAAUUGCAUCCUGUGCAGGCGAAUUCAUGUGAUGCUUUAGUGAGGCAGUCUUCAUAUGAGGCCGGCAAAGGUCGAUUCACCGUACCCAGAAGAACCGCAUCAGUAUUUGUGGAACCUCGGCGUUGAUGCCUUUGCAUUGGGUGAACAAGAUCAUCUUGCAAAUGAAAUUAAAGUAAAUAAAAGAAGAAUAACACAGAGGAGAAACCUGCCACACAGUACAGCGCUGAAGAAAUAAAUAGAAGAACAAGAAGCUUUGGUUUAUGUAUGUAUGUAAUGUAUGUAGCCCCAUGUCUUUUCCAAAAGAAAUAAUGUAGUGCCAUCUUAGAUGCCAGAGGAGGAAUUAAGCAUCUGUACUAUCUAUUUUUUCCUCUCUUGUAUCUUUAUUGAAUAGAAUAAAAAAAUUGGAUGUUGCAUGCAUAUGCCAUUGUAUUACUGCC